AUGGCUCCUCCUCCUCCUUCUUCUUCUCUCCCCAUUUCCACUCUCCUCACCAUCCUCUGUAUAUGUAUCUCUAUCCCUUCAUCUUCUUCACAUUCCACCCUUACACUUUCUCUCACACACCACAUUACACCAAAAACCAACAACCAAUCCUCGCAUCUAAAGCACACCAUAAACUCCCUCGCAUCUUCUUCAAUAACCAGAGCCCACUAUCUCAAAAACCCCAACAACACCACCUCUUCUUCAUCCACUCAAAUUCCUCUCUUUCCUCGCAGCUAUGGCGCAUACUCUAUUUCUCUCAGCUUCGGAUCACCCCCUCAAAAACUACCCUUCUUAAUGGACACCGGAAGCAGCCUCGUAUGGUCUCCAUGUACUAAUAACUACAAAUGUUACGACUGUAGAUUUUCAGAUGUUAACCAAACCAACACCCCGAAGUUCAUCCCGAAUCGUUCUUCAUCUGCUAAGAUGAUCGGGUGUAACAGCAAGGAAUGCGGGUGGGUUUCCGGGUCGAGUCAGCAGACUUCAUGUAACGGAAACGAGAGUUGCCCGGCUUACACGAUUCAAUACGGGUCCGGGUCAACUUCGGGGUUCCUUAUCUCGGAUACGCUCGAUUUCCCCGAAGGUGAUGUGAGUGAUUUCGCUGUCGGAUGCUCCAUUGUAUCGACCCGACAACCAUCUGGUAUUGCCGGGUUUGGGCGUGGGUCUUCUUCUUUACCCAAUCAGAUGGGUGUGACAAAGUUUUCGUAUUGUUUAGUCUCUCACCGUUUUGACGACGCUCCGGUGAGCAGCGAGCUUGUUCUUGUUCGGAAUUCUACAAAUUCUACAAAUUCCACCGCCGGAGAUUCGGAAAUGAGCUACACCAAUUUUCAGAAGAACCCAAUGAAUUCCUCGGAGGCUUUUCAGGAAUAUUACUACGUAAACCUCCGGGAAAUCACCAUCGGAGGUAAAUCCGUGAAUAUCUCAAAUGAGUAUCUGGUGCCGGGAGCCGACGGCAACGGCGGAGCAAUCAUCGAUUCCGGCACAACGUUCACGGUGAUGGACAAUGUCCCUUACGAUUUGGUGGCGAGAGAGUUUGAGAAUCAAAUGUCGGAGUAUAAGAGAGCUGUUGAUGUGGAAUCGGAAACUGGGUUACGUCCGUGUUUUGACGUCGCCGGAAAAUCUGCAGAGUUACCGGAGUUUACAUUUCAUUUCGUAGGCGGCGCGAAAUUAUCUCUGCCGGUGGCGGAUUACUUCUCGUUCGUCGGCGAUGAUGGCGAUGAUGGCGUGUUGUGUAUGACGAUUGUUUCAAGUAAUUUGAUCGGGUCGAAUUCGAGUAUUGGGCCAUCGAUAAUUAUUGGAAACUACCAACAACAGGAUAUAUACUUCGAAUAUGAUUUGGAAAAUGGAGUACUUGGAUUCAGGAAACAGAUUUGUAAGUAA